AUGGCAAUUAAAGUGCUUGAGGCACUUGCGGAUUGCGUAGCUAGCCAGAGCGUUGCUGCUGCUGCUGCUGCUGCUGCUGCUGCUGCUGCUGCUGCUGCUGCCCUUGCGGAUGUGGCAACAGAAGAGUGCGCACAGGAGCAGCAGUUGCAGCAGCUGCUGCUACGCAGGUGGCAGCAACUGCUGGAGAAGCAGCAGUUGCUGCAGCAGCAGCAGCAACGGCAGCAGCAGCAGCAACAGCAGCAGCAGCAGCAACAGCAGCAGCAAUACGAACAGCAGCAGCAGCAGCAGCAACGGCAGCAGCAACAUCAACGGCAGCAGCAACAUCAACGGCAGCAGCAGCAGCAGCAACGGCAGCAGCAGCUGCUGCUGCGCAGGGUGUCUGUACACCUCGUGCUGCUGCUGCUCACCUUUUCUUUGCUGCUGAGGUGUACGCCCUGCUGCUCCAUCGCCUCGCGCAUGCAGCGCAGCACCACGGCCUCCUCCUUAGUCAGUGCAGCAGCAGCAGCAGCAGCAGCAGCAGCAGCAGCAGCAGCAGGUGCUGCAGGUGCUGCAGGCUUGCAGCUGCAGCAGCAGCAGCAAACGCAGCAAUUUCCGGAAUGGCGCAGCACCAGUGCGGAAUGCAGAAGCCUUGCCUCGUGCGAGAACGCAUGCAGCUAG